ACUGCUAGAAGAAAACCAAAACCCCCCUAAACCCACUGCUACAAUCACCGGAAAAGAAACUACUAUAUUCUCAGUGAUGGCGUCUGUGGGCGGCGGAGGAGCGGCGGUGGAGUGGCACCAGAGGCCGGCAAACCCUAAAAAUCCUAUCGUAUUCUUCGACAUCACCAUCGGCAACAUCCCUGCUGGCCGUAUAAAGAUGGAGCUCUUUGCCGAUAUUGCCCCCAAAAGCGCUGAAAAUUUCAGGCAGUUCUGCACGGGUGAAUACAGGAAAGCUGGAUUACCUGUUGGUUACAAGGGGUGCCAGUUCCACCGAGUAAUUAAGGAUUUUAUGAUCCAAGCCGGUGACUUUCUAAAGGGUGAUGGUAGUGGCUGUGUCUCCAUAUAUGGAAGUAAGUUCGAUGAUGAAAAUUUUAUUGCAAAACACACUGGACCGGGCCUACUGUCAAUGGCAAACAGUGGGCCGAAUUCUAAUGGUUGUCAGUUCUUCAUUACCCUUGGCAAAUGUGACUGGCUUGACAACAAACAUGUUGUCUUCGGGCGGGUUCUUGGAGAUGGUCUUUUGAUUGCAAGGAAAAUAGAGAAUGUGGCGACUGGGCCUAACAACCGACCUAAACUGGCUUGUGCUAUUGCCGAAUGUGGAGAAAUGUAGAACCAACAUUAAUGCUGAAUAACAACAAUGUGUUUUUUCUCAGGCUGUAAUUUGAUAUAACAUCUUACAAGAUUGAUGUUACUGAACUGAAUUAUAUUCUACUUAGAAAAACAAGCUGCUGCACCAAGUGCUGAAUAUGGAGAAAUGUACACAGUUGGUUC